AUGGAUACCACUUACUCUUAUCCUCAACUAUUUGAUAUUGACGACACAUUCGACACUGAGUUACUUCAUGGACUACAACUUCAAGACCAUGCAGCCCCCCUUUCAACUCUCUCUUCGCCUAGUAAUAACAAUUUGUAUAAUGUAGUAGACAAAAAAUCGAUUUAUCAAUCAGAAGAUGUUUACAAUUCACUGGCUGCAAGCUCUAAUUCUUAUUUACAAUAUCUUCAAAAUACCAACAACUAUACCCAUGAUUAUUUGUAUGGCUCCUCACAGUAUCAGCUCAUGAACAUGACGCCCAACAAUGCUCCUACUGAUUUGGUCGAUUAUGACUAUCUACACCCACACUCUUUUGCACUUGAUCAACAAAAACAACAGUAUAAUUGGCUUUAUGAUCCAAUUGAUACCUUUCUGCCUUCGCAGCCAUUUUGUGAAGACAUCAUACAGCCCUUGGAUUCUACCAUGCAAGACAAUAACCAGUUUAAUGAGAAUGUGACUGUAGAAGGUGGCAUGUCUCGUGGUUACGUGAGCCUUAGUGAUGUGAAUUCAUUUGUUGCCAAAGCUGAUUCUGCAAAACAUUCAUGCGCAUUUCAGUUACCUGAAAGCCUAUUACUGAACGACUUUGCUCUGACUUCACAACUAAGGGGGGACUUUCUAUCUUCUCCAGAAUCCAACAAUGAUGAUAGUGAAGAUGAUUACUCUGAUAGUAAUAGUGACCAUGAUAUCCAUUGGCCAAUCAUGACUACCUCAGCCAGCUAUAGUUCAGCUUCUUCUUCUUUGAGUAAGAAAUCAAACUGUCCAAGAGAGAAACUGAUGAUCAAGAUCAAGAAACCUGACCAUCAUGCUAUCUCUGCUCCCAACUGUAGUAUGUCAAGCGCGCUCUCGAGUCCUUACAAUCACUCUAGUUGGGACCUGAUUUCACCCAAGAGCUCCAAGUCGACUGACUACCGUCCUGCCAAGUACCGAAAAUCCAUGUCUAAUAUUUAUAAUCUAAAAAGGAACAGCAAGGCGUCAGUCAAAUACGAGUCAACACCACCAUCUACAAAGUAUCGUCGUGGUAGUGCUCCUCAUCGUCUCAACACUCUCCAGUCCUCUUCUUCCUUGUCCACACUUUCGAGCAAUCUUCAGCGAUCCAUGCAUGUGUCAGACAGUGUCAAUAGUUUUAUGUCCCGUCAUUCUUUAUCUGAUGAAGAUAAUCAUCAUGAAGACGAAUCACUUGACGAUCAUCAUCAUCACCACCACCACAUGCAAGAAGAAGACGAUGAUGAUGAUGGAGAAUAUCAGAUCAGACCAGCAAGUGCAAGUCAUCCUUUGCCAACAAAGAAGGGGCGUAAUGUAGACAAGGCCUGUAACCAUUGUAAACGGUCUCAUUUGCGCUGUGAUGAUAUGAGACCUUGUAGACGCUGUGUAGCUACGGGAAAGACAGGCUGCAAAGAUGUUCAACAUAAACCUAGAGGAAGACCUAAGCUUCAUAAAAAAUAA